AUGAAUGACAGCGACUACGACAUUGAAUAUAUUAUUUAUUUUGAAUUGAUUGAAUUAUCUCCAAUAGGUACAUCAAUAACUCAAUUAAUAAAUAUAUUACCAUCAUCAAAUUGGGAAUUUACAUUUUUAACUCGAACAUCAGUUAUAUCUUAUUUUCUCUUAGAUGAUCUUAAAGGUACAAUAACAGUUAAACGUCGACUUGAUCGUGAAGAUCUUUGUCGUUUGGGUAUAUGUUCAUGUUCAAAUGAAUGUUUACUUAAACUUGAAAUAAAUGCUCUUAGUGAUAUAUAUACACAUAUAAUUUAUGUACCAAUAAUUAUUCUUGAUGAAAAUGAUAAUUUUUGUUUUUUUUCAAAUGAUAUUUAUUAUUUAAAUAUAAGUGAAAAUGUACCAUUAAAUACUCGUCUUAUUUUACCUAUAGCACAUGAUCCAGAUCAAACACCAAAUAAUAUUCAAUCAUAUUCAAUUGUAUCAAAUAAUUAUUCAGAAUUUCGUCUUGAUAAUCAAUUAACACCAUCAAUGAUUAUUAUUGAAGAAUUAGAUCGAGAAUUAUGUGAUAAAUAUUAUUUUAAUUUUUGUGCUUAUGAAGGUAUAUCGAAUCAAAAACGUUCAUGUUGUACAAAAAUUAUAUUAACAAUUACAGAUAUUAAUGAUAAUUCACCAAAAUUUCAACAUGAUCAACAAUCACCAUUAAUUAUUAAUAUAUCUGAAUUAAGUCCUAUUCAUACAGAACUUAUUCAAAUGAAAGCUUUUGAUCCAGAUGAAGGUCUUAACGGAAAAAUUAUAUAUACAUUUUCAAAAUGGACACAAAAUGAUGUAACAAUUAAUAAAAUAUUUAAUUUAAAUCCUGAUAAUGGUUCAAUUACUCUAUUAAAACAAUUAGAUUAUGAAGAAAGAAAUAACUAUGAAUUACAAAUACAAGCUAAAGAUUGUGGAUCUAAUUCUAUUCCAACAUAUGCAACAGUUAUUAUACAAGUUGUUGAUGAAAAUGAUUGUACACCAGAAAUUUUUACAUUUUCACCAUCUGAUGUUAAAUUUAUAAAUAAUUCAAUAAUAUAUAUCUUAGAAAAUAUUUCUCUUAACACACCAAUUCUAUAUAUGACAGUUUCUGAUUGUGAUAGUAAUGAAAAUGGACGUGUAGCAAUGAAAUUAAUUUCAUCAUUUAAUGAAACUUCAGUUGUUCAAUUAGAAAAAAUCACUGAUAAUACUUAUAUUUUAAAAACAAAUAUACAAUUUGACCGUGAACAAAAAUCAUUUUAUAAAUUUACAUUAUUUGCAUAUGAUCAUGGUCAACUGAAACAUUCAAUAGAAAAUCAUUUUGAAUUAUAUUUAAUUGAUGUUAAUGAUUGUUCACCAAUUUUUGAAAAUUUAACAAAUUAUUCAUUUUAUAUUGAUGAAAAUAAUGAAGAAAAUUUUAUUCUUCAUACAUUUAAAAUAUUUGAUCCUGAUGAAAAUGAUCAAGUUAAACUUGAACUUAAAUUUAAUAAUAAUGAACAACAAUAUAAUCAUAUAUUUCAAUUAAAUGAAAAAAAUCAAUUAAUUAUUUUAGAAAAUCUUGAUUAUGAAAAACAAUCAUUUUAUGAAUUUUCUAUUCUAGCUGAAGAUAUAAUUGGACAUCAAACAUUUGUUAAUAUAUCAAUUUAUGUAAAUGAUUUAAAUGAUAAUCCAGUUAAAUUUUUAACAAAUUUUAUUCAAUAUGAAUUAGAAGAAAAUCAAAAUAAUUAUACAUUUAUUGAUCAUAUUCAAGCUGAAGAAAAAGAUAAAUAUGAUCAAAUUAUUUAUAAAAUACAUUCAGAUGAUUUAGAUCAAAUAAAAGAUUUUAUUGAUUUAAAAUCUAAUGGAAGUUUAUAUACAAAAAAAAGUUUUGAUCGUGAACAAAUAAAUAAAUUUGAAUUUCGUAUUAUUGCAAAUGAUUCAUUAUAUACAGAUUUAAUAUCUAUAGAAAUUUUAAUUCUUGAUCAAAAUGAUAAUAAACCAAUGAUAAUAAGUCAAUCACCAUUUUGUUAUAUAUAUAAUACAACAAAUAGUAAUAAAAAUAUUCAACUAAAAUUAGAAGGUUAUGAUCCAGAUGAAAAUGAUAAUGGAAAUAUAUCAUUUUCUAUGCUAAAUCCUUCAUCAAUGAAUAUAAUACUUUUUUCAAAUGGAACUUUAAUAGUACCACCAUUAUAUCAAGAAUACACAUUUGAUAUUUAUUUACAAGAUAAUGGAAAAUCGAACGUAUUAUCUUCAAUAUAUAAAAAUUUUAUUCUUUUAAUUGUUUCUAAUGAAUCUGAAUGUCAAAAUUAUUCAAUUUUAUCUUCAAUUCAACUUGAUCAACGUACAUUUAUUUAUUUUAUUUCAAUUAUUCUUAUUAGUUUAGCAUGUUUUACUAUAAUUAUUCUUAUUAUUUGUUGUUUCUAUUUGCUACAACGACAUACAAGAAUAAAAUCUUUAAAUAAUAAGAAAACACCAGAUUUGACACCAUCAUUUUCAUCAUCAUUAAACGAAGAUGCUGAAAAUGAUACAUUAUUAGUAUCAUCUCCAUCACCACAAUUUACAGCUAUGACAACAGUAUCAAUAUCAACAACAACUACAAAUGAUUCAACUCGUUUAACAACGUUUACUGAUCGAACACCAACAAAUAAAUCAUCAUCUUUAUCAAGUUCGUCAUCAGCAACAUAUGUUAAAAUGAGUCAUUCAUUUGAAGAUGAAAUACUUUAA